AUGGCUGACAAUGGACCCCCCUCGAGCGCAGCUCAACUACCUCCUCCUCCUCAGCCCAAUGCUGGCGCUCCUGGCUUCGAGAAUGGCCAGAAUGGCCAGGGCAACCCCGCGCACAUGCCCCCGCCGCCUCUGCACAUCCCCCAGAACACGAACCCCAUCCCGACCGCCAUCACGUCGCCCAUGUCUGGAGUGGACAGCAAGAGCGGAAUCAUGUCGCCCAGUAGCGGAGGUCCCUUCGCUCGCCGGGCCGCGCCAGAGCCAAACAAACGAGCCCUGUACGUUGGCGGUCUUGAUCCUAGAGUGACAGAAGACGUCUUGCGCCAGAUCUUCGAGACAACGGGCCAUGUGCAGAACGUCAAAAUCAUCCCUGACAAGAAUGCCAAGGGCUACAAUUAUGGCUUCGUUGAGUACGAUGACCCCGGUGCUGCUGAGCGGGCUAUGCAGACCUUGAAUGGCCGUCGUGUCCACCAAUCCGAAAUCCGCGUGAACUGGGCCUAUCAGUCCAACACUACGAACAAGGAGGACACAUCUAGCCACUUCCACAUCUUUGUUGGCGAUUUAUCUAAUGAGGUUAACGAUGAGGUACUGUUGCAAGCCUUCUCCGCCUUCGGUACCAUAUCCGAAGCUCGCGUCAUGUGGGACAUGAAGACAGGCCGGUCGCGCGGCUACGGUUUUGUUGCCUUCCGAGACCGCGCUGACGCCGAGAAAGCCCUGAGCUCCAUGGAUGGCGAAUGGCUUGGUUCUCGUGCUAUUCGUUGCAACUGGGCCAACCAGAAGGGGCAGCCGUCCAUUGCCCAGCAGCAGGCCAUGUCUGCCAUGGGCAUGACCCCCACGACGCCAUACGGCCAUCAUCAUUUCCCUACCCAUGGGGUUCAGAGCUACGACAUGAUUGUUAAUCAGACUCCGCAAUGGCAGACGACUUGCUAUGUCGGCAACUUGACCCCGUACACGACCCAGAACGAUCUCGUCCCACUCUUCUCUAACUUCGGUUUUGUGACGGAAUCACGAUUUCAGGCAGAUCGGGGCUUUGCGUUCAUCAAGAUGGACAGCCAUGAGAAUGCCGCAAUGGCCAUAUGCCAGCUCAAUGGGUACAACGUCAACGGCAGACCUCUGAAGUGCAGCUGGGGCAAAGACAAGACACCCAGCCAGAACUCGGCGUUCGACCCUGCUCAGCAGGCUUACAGCCCUCAGAGUGCCCAAGCUCCUGGAGGUUACCCGGGUACUCCGUCGACCUACUUCCCUCAAUAUGGUGGUCCGUAUUCAGGUCAAUACGGUGCCCAGCAACCGGGCUAUGGUGGUCCUCCUUCGCAGUCUCCUGCUGGCUACGGCGCCCAGCCUAUGGGGUAUGGCGGUCCGCCCAGUGCGGGCGGCUUUGGUCGUGGCCAACAGCCACCCAACCAACAAUGGAACGCGCCUCCCCCCAACCAGAGCUUCAACAAUGGAUACGGUGGAUAUCAAGGUUAG